AUGCCCACUCCCGUCUUUGCAAUUUCAUCUAACCUCAUGAAGAAAGCCAUCCCAUUUUACGCACCAGACUCAACCAUAAUUAAAUCAUCAAAAAACUCCUCGUCUCUUUUAUACUCCUCUACAAUUGCAAAUAAAAAGAUCAUCAAGAGCCAUGUUUAUGGCAAACCAGACCUUAUCUCACUUGUAUCUCAGUUACUAGUCCAUAACCAAUCUAAUAUCUCACCUCAGAUUACAGGCAAGAACUUACCAGAAUUUCCAAGAAGGUCUAAUAACGAGAUUGAGACUAGUCCACCUGAUGACGGAUGCAUAAAACCUCCAAGGAUUCUAGAGGUGCCUAAUCCUGGACCUGACUUCCCGUUUCCACCGUUACCAUCUCCUCCAACGCCUCCUGACGUUCCACUACCACCGCCAGGGACACCUCGGCCACUGCCACCGAAUCGACUGCCCCCCAAGUUGCCUCCUGACCCUGAUAUUAUACCACCUCCUGCUCCCCCGCCCCCUGAUAUUCAGCCUCCACCGCAUACGCCAGAUGUUAAUCCACCAGUACCUGGGCCGUAUGUGUUCUAUGCUAGAGUUGUCAGAUCAUGUUUGGAACUGUCUACUGUAACAGCUCAACAAGAACAUGUAUAUGGACCAUUACUUUCAUCGCGGAGGAUGGGCCUACAGCUCAAGAAAUAUAAUAAGGUCGGGUUGUUGUGA